UGCCUGGUCUUGAGUUUUCUUUUGGUUUCUAGUCCUGCUUUUUGAGAAGGAUUUAAAUUUUUGCUGGUUAAGGAAAGCUAGAACAGUAAGUGUAACUGUUCCUGUCAGCAAAGAGAGCUAAAUUUGCUGAUCUGCCCUAAACUCAUUUUGAUGUUCAAACUGUGCAACUUGUUUUGUCCUGUAUUCAACUCUCUUACCUGCGCUUUUUUUUUUUUUUAAUUUAUCAUUUUUUAUUCCUGUGAUGCUCUUGAGCAGCUCAAGGACUUUUUCUCAAGCUCAGGAAGUUACUGAGAGACUGAACUGCACAGGCCACCUCCUUCCAGUCCUGCCCUUCUGCUACUGACUAAAUAGUGUGUUGCUCAGCUCUGGGCCUUCUUCAUCAAUGGGUGUAACUGCUGAUGUGCACUGCAGGAGCUCUUCUUGUCUGUGUGUGAAAUCAUCCCUCUGUAAGUACAGUUUAUGUAGUUUGUCAGUUCAAGGAGCCGUAUUCUGGAAUGAAGAUGCCGAGAUCACUGGGUGCCUGGAGACACGAGGUUUGUUUGAAGCACCAUCCCUGAAGGUACUUGGAGCAAGAACUUCAAAUCCUUACAAACAGAAAUAUUCACUUUGGGUGGUAUCUUCUGAAGCUUGGCCAUAGAAUCUUGUGGAAUUUUCAAGACAAAAAGCAUUAUAGUAAAACUGCAGUUAGUGAUUACUUGAAGUAAUCUCAUUUAUUUGGGUCUAAUCCUGGUGGUUAUAGCUUGAAAUCCCAAGCCUAGACAAGAUCCAGUUUACCAAAUUGCAUAUCAAAUGUAAACACUACAUCUGUCUUGAGGAUUUACUGAGUAACCAUUGUUCCUGACAUCACAGUGUUCCCAGGUGUGUCUGCUGUGCCAGACAAGUAAAUGGCAGCUGCUGAAGUACAUUGCUGUGGUUUGGUUUUGGUUUGGUUUUUCCCUGUGAAGCCAUAGGGACAGGAAUGUCUGGUGUCUAAAGUAAACAUAAAGGUGAGGUCUGUGACCAAGUGGGGUGAGGCUUUUAGUUCUUUCUUUAAUUUUUUUUUUCUCAUGACAGUAAUUGAUUGAAAACCAAAUCCUUUUUGGCUACUGCAGAGCCACAGUGUUAAGACUUACAGGCAAGCAUCAAAACCAUUUUUGUUCCAAGGCAAAUGGAAAAAGAAAUUAUUUUGAAUCAGAUGUUGAGAGUAAUUUGUGAAGAGUUAAUAUACUUCCUGUGCUGUUACUGGGCAUUGUUUUUGCACACAGUAAGCUGUCUUUCAGUGUUAAGGUGAAAGUACUGUUAAUGCACAUAGUACUGGGGUUUGGCUGUUUAAUGCAAUUUCAUUUCCUGGCACAGGGUUUAUAUAAUCUAUGUGUAGUUAAGACCAUUGCAAAUUUAUCUCUCUGAGACAAGGAGGACUAGUGUUUUACUAAGAAUUAAUUUUGUUGGGCACAGCUGUCAUUAGUGGCUUCUGCCCACUGUCUGACAAAUGCUGUAGCGUUUUCUUCAAAAGCUAAUAAUGUUUCCUUCCACAACCAAAAUAGCAGAUCAAGGAAGAUACCGAGUGUCUCCUUAAUUGUAUCAUGUACUAGGGCUUGGCAGUUGUUGUCUCUUGGUUGUUGGGGUUUUUUCCCCUUAAUUAGAGUGACAUUUCCUCAUGAAUAAUGAAAUUAAUGUCUUUUGCAGCCAAAAUAAACACCAUAUGGUCAGGGAGAAAGGGACCAGGAAAAGAGGAAGGCACGGCAGCUGAAGCUGAUAGGAGACAAAAUGGACUGAAUGAGGGGCCAGGUGAGAACAGACCAAGUCUUACCAUCCAGGGUGGGAUCACACCCUUGUUAAAUUCCAUACCCUGCUUUUGCCAGUGGUGGUGAUAUUUCAGUGAAGGUGAAAAAUCUAUGGUGUACUACCUGUGUGUACAGUGUUAUACACCAAGCACAGUUUGUUUCUGCUCCUACAGGUGCUUGUCUUAUUUUUAGGGGACUAGGUGGGCAGGGUAAAUGAGUUGAGAUGCACACAAAAAGAAAACAGCAGACAGACAUUUUGUGAUCUCUAUUUCUUAGUCACUUAAAGCUGGGAUGAAGCAGCUUUGCUUUUGCAGCUGAAGGUGAUGGUAGGAAGUUCACUGUAGGCUGGAUGUUAAUUAUUGUCUUUCUCUUCUAGUUGAUAACUGGGGAUCCACUAAUGCUAAAUUAUGAUGCUAUUUAGGAUUUGGGGAGUAACCUUGGGAUACUGCAGCACAGGCUGUACCCCAGCCCAGUUAUGCCUUUGUGGGACUCUGUGCUGUCCUUGCAGGCCAUGGUGGAACCAGCAGCAUUGCCAACCAGCAUCUGGGUUUGUUCGGCUUCUGGAGGGUGACUGAAGUUCACUCAAAUGGCCCUUUCACAUUAAUACUUAAAAAAUCCCAGGCAAAUUUCACCUGAGAGUUAACGACAUGUCUCCUUGGAUAGACAUUUUUGUUCCUGCUGCUGUUUGUUUAAUGCAACUGUGAGCGUAACAGCCCUCAGCAAGCACUUGUUAACCAACUCCAGAGCCCCUUUUCCAGUCUCCAGAGCUGUCCUUGAGCUCGCCCACCUCAGGGCAGCUUUGUGGGCAAGGUCCUGCUGGCUGUGAGUGCAUCUCUCUAGCCCAGUGCCCAGAGCUCAUCCCGUGUCAUUCAGAAGCUACUCUGGCCGCUCUGGUAGCACUAGAGGGGGCCCUAGGACAGAGGAGGGAAGGGAGGGGAAGAAACAAAGGGGGAAACCACCCACUCACCCUGAAAUGGACGACCAAGAUCUAUCCUGAAACUUCUGAAGGACUACGUGGCACUGCUGGUUUGGACCUCGCUCAGUUCUUAGGGCUUUCUGCUGCUGUGCCAUAUGUCCUUUACAUAAUGUAUAGUCUGAUUCAAAGCAGAGGGAAUGAGAAUCCUCGUGGGCUGUUUACAGGAUUGUGUGUUCCUGGCCAUGGCAACGAAAAACAAGAGCUCACUUUGUUACCAUUAAUAUUGACACUUGGCAGGAAAACAGAUCCACUCUAUACUUGCUUUUCACACAAAAUCUGUUUGCCCCAUGACUUUGUUUUCCCUUUUUUUUUUUUUUUUCCUUAAUUUCUCUAUAAGAAGCCCACUGGGUGUUUCCAUUUUCUUAAUGUGCAGCGUAUUAUAGUGGGGAGAGGGAGCAUCUCCUGACAGUCUUGUGUAAAAGGUUGAGCUUUGUCAGUGUAAAUGCUGAUUAAUUCAAUCCCAGUUCCUUGCAGUGGUGUGGGGUUUGUGCUGAUGUAACUGAGCCCAGCAGUAGGUGAUAAACACGCCACUUGUGGGUCUGUGAAGUGUUUUGAGAUACUUUUUGAGAAGUAAAAUUCUAAUCAGGGAUGAAAAUGUUUAUGGGACUGAUGAAAGGAAUAUGAAGCUUUCAAGCUUGGAUAAAAUAUUGUAAGACAGUGUCAGUUCUGUGAAGCAGCCUAGAGGUGAGAUCAGGUCCUGGAGCCAUCUGGCAGGCUUCCUGCUCAGGAGGAGGACAGUGAGAUGGAGCUGAGGCCACGCAGCGACUGCAGAAUCAGGAAAACCAAAUCACUUCUACCAAGGGAAAAAGUAAAAUCACACUUCUGCCUGCACGUAAGAUUUAUCUGCGCAAUUAAAUGAUCGUGUCUAUAGUUGGUACAAAAACAUUCCAUUAUAUAAUCCCAGUGGGAGGAAUACUUUGCAAUGUCUCUCUAACUACAUUGUCCUAUUGAAGGAAACUGCCUAUCUAAAACCUAUCUAUGGUAAAAAGUAGUUUUUGCUCUCAGAUUAGACAGGGGUAUCCCCCUCUCAAUUUUUAUUUCUCAGCCUAUUUUUUUUUUUCUCUCCCAUGUCUUUCAGAGACCCUGCAAACAACAGUGAAUUCCAGUAUAAAUGGAAUAUAAACAAAGUUCAUAUAUGGUAUAAGCAUAUGAGAACCACAUUGGAAUGGUAUUCACUUAGUUUCAGUAGAGUGAUAUUAUUAUUGUAACUACAAGUGAAAGGCCACGUAGAAGGGCAAAGGUAUUUUAGACAUAGUGCUUCUUGCAUGAAUUGCUACAUAUACCUGCAGUUACCCUAAAGACCUGCCCACUUAUUGACAUUCUUUUCCUUCUCUGAGGACAGAUAUGGAGGGCUGCUCACGAGGAAUAGUAUGCAACUGAGUUUUACUUGCAAAUAUGCAUUACAUGAACUAUGAUCUAAUAUAGCACUGAACACAUACUGUUCAGUAAUAAUUAGUAAAGGAUGUUGUAUGAGCAGAAAAGCUUCAUAUACUUCAGAAGUGUUCUUUGAUUCCUUGUAAUUUAAGUCACACCAGAGAUUUCAUUUCCUUAAAUUACACCCUAAUGUGUAUGAAGAGCCACAUUUUCUCUUCUAAAUGCGUGGAUAUAUAUAAAAUGUAACUCCUUCAGUAAGAUUGCAGUGAUAAUUUUCUUCUCCCCUUAAAAGAUGGCACUAGAUGUAUUCUCAGAAAAUCGCUUAACUUGUUAAUUGAGCCACCAUACAGAACCUCACCAUGCUAUAUGGACGUCAGGAAGCAAUUUGAGUGUAGAAAUUUGUCACUUAGGAAUGUCUGGACUGUGUAUCAGAUUUCCAUUAGGUUUGAGUGGGCUAGGGGAAAAAAAAAUAAAAGUUCAGAAAUUCAUAGUGGGAGUUCUGAGCUUACAGCAUCAAUUUACAAUACCCUGAAGUGAGCGACACAAGUUCACAUAGCUGCUGCCGUGGCUGUCCCAAUAGACACCCUGCUGGAAAUGCUUCCUAUCCUUAAUAAGUAAAUGGGCUUUCCUGGGAGCAAAACAGAGAGUGUUGUUUCGCAGCAAGUGUCAGUGGUGCAAGGGGAUUUUUCAGUUUGGCUUUCUUGGAUCAUAAUGACAGCUUGGGAUUGCACAUUGUAAAGUAUUUCUGCAAAGGGAAAUGCAGGGGGUUUGUGCUGGUACCCUGGGUCGGUUGAUCCCAUUGCACUGCUACCUAAGGAAACCUUUGAAUUCUGCCAGUGCAGUCAGAAGAAGCUGUUGGCACCUAGGCAGUGCUGUCAGCUCAUGUUUUAAUUGUGGUGCUACAGACGUGGGUCUAUCUGUAGAAGCCAAACAAACCGAGUGCAUUUACUGGUACACACUUGGAUGCACUGUGUUGCUUUUUACUCUCUCUAAAAUCGACGUUCCUGUGAACUGGGCAAGGAUUCUCCUACAGUGGUACGUUCUACCAGGUCUGUACUUUCCCUUGGAAGCUGGUUUUCUCAAGGUCAGAAGAAAAAUGAGAAAGCAGAGCAGGUUUGCUAGAAAAAUUUUGCUAGAAAGCCUGCAGCCUCAGAGUCAUUUUGGUUCCUUGAUGUGUCCCACUGCCUCCCCCUCACCACAGAGAUAUCCCUGUGCAGCUGGGAUGGCAGGUGCCCACCCUGGCCUGGGCUGAGCCCCUGGACGGGUGUAUUGGCAGCUGCUGAGGGGCAGACACAGGGGCCUUAACAACUGCACAUAGCUCAGCUCCCUGCUCUGGAGGUGUUACCCUCCAGACUGCGCAGUUCACUUGCAGAUAACUUGAUCAAAAUGUAAGAGAAAGAGUAAACAGUCUGUACAUAAAAUGCACUCAAGCUGCAUUUUAUUUUUUGAUAAGGUGAGCUUGUUGCAAUUUCAGUGAAACUCAGAAGUAUUUGUAUUACUGUUACAGUGCCCAGGCUGAGCGUAUGGUCAUGAUUCAGUUCUGACACCUCGGGCACAGAGACAGCAGUGGGACAACUGUCUGUUAUCAGAUACUAUCAACACAUGGAAAAGUAGCUGUAAAGAGUAUGUAAAUAUGGAAAUGUUAUUUCCAAGUGCAGAGAGUCUGCUGGGGAAGAGAGAGAGAGGAGGAGGACAAUGUUCCUUCUGAAACACGUGCCUGAUUCAACAAGGUACCUAAAUGUAAAUAACUACUAUUGAUUUUAACAAAGAUAGCAAAGGGCAGCAUCACCUUACAUUUCACCAAAGGCUCACGUUGUGUACAGUUUCUUCAAUGACCUAACAUAUUUCUACAACUAAAAUUUCCAUCAAAAAUAAAUGCUUUAAAAUAAAUAGACUUAAAUUCCCUAGUACGUGCAGACUCCAGAGUUCACUGUUAACCACUGAAAAAUGCAAAAGGCCAAAGAAAGAUGGAAGUAUCUCUGCUGGUAAAAAAAAAAAUCAGCCCUAAUUACUUCUCCCUGAAAUUAUGGUGGCUAUGGCAUGUAGAUGAACUUUGGAGAGCAACUAGUGUAAUGCCCUAAGUUCCAGAAAGGGAGGUCAUAAAAUUAAAUUCUGUUUGGUGAUACCUGUCUGCACAUGAUCCCAGAGGCAAUGUUUGUUAGGAAUAUCAUUUCCUUUAACAGCUUUUCUCCCCCAUCCUCAGGGUCUCGUACUGUUCCAGCAAGGAAAUCCUGGUGGCUUUUGGAACAGUAGCAGCAGAACUGGUGAUAUAUUCUGAAUAAGGUGGACUAGAAGCUGCUCUUUCUUUGUGGGUUCUGGAUCUGAAUUUUGUCAAUAUUCACUUUCUACACCCAUUUCGUAAUAAUGCAAUGGAUUUAUUUAUUAAAUCAUAGAUGUCAAAAGAACUGAAUUGUGUAUCAGAACUUUCCCAUUAGCUGGUGAGUUUUGCAAUUUAUCUUCCAUUUUCUGUCUCCAUAAAAUAGAAACUACUUGUCCAAAGCUGUCCCCCCCCCCCUAAAUUGCCACUGAAUUUGCAGCUAGGACAUUUUUACAUGUCUUUAAAUGUUUAUAAUUUUAUCUUCUAGCCAAUUUUUUGUAAAACUGUGGCUUUAUUUAUCUUGAGUGAAUGACUAUUACUAUCUGCUAGAAACCAUUCCCACUGUUAAAUUAAAUGAGAGCAAUACAGAAAUUAUCUGAGUUUUUGUCAUGGUGAAUAACUCCAAAUAACUCAGAGCUUCCCAUGAGUUCUGGAGAGGACUAACAAGUGUCUGCUCAUGUAAGUUGUCAUGGGUUUGCAAAGCCACGACAUAAGUGUAGAACACGCUCACUUUUUUGAGACUCCUUAGCUCUGAACGCUGAGAAAUUGGGAUAAUUCAGUGCAGCAAAACCCCAAGUCUCUGUUCUAAUCAAGCCUUACUUGGAUUUUUCAGUUUUUUCCAUUCCCCAGUUGAAAUUUCCUGUGUCUUGUAACCGUUUAGCAAUAUGUUACUAACCAUCCAUUAUGUCCUGCUUUAUUCUCUUUCAGAUGAAAGAGCCAUGAAAAAAAAGAAUUCACCAGCCCCUGUGACUGAAUUUGAGCGAUAAUGUCAAUGGAAUUAACACAUUGCCAUUGUUGAAUGGUCUCCUGUGGCUAUAUAAACAUCAAGAUUCGUUGUCACUGUCUCGCCUAAUGCAAGAGAGAAACAACUGAUGUGGACGUGGCACAGGAGUGGUCUGGAAUUCCUUGGGUCACAGAACCAUGGAGAAGGCAGAGCUGGAGAGUGGGACAUGCAGGGUUCUUCCAGAACACCUGCCCUCAGAUGGCUCACAGCACCAGUGCCAAAACAGGCACCAGCCUAAUGGCAGCUGCAGCUGCAAAUAACACCAGGGACAAUGCCAGGUAGGAGAAAGUGGUGCAUUAUCUGAGUCAAUUAUUAAGGUCCUGGUUUCAUCACCUUGGACUUCAGUAAUGCAGUUGUGUGUAUACCCUGAGACCUAAACAUCCAGCAACAAAUCUCAUGGGGAAAAUUCAGCAUGAUUCCCAUGGUUUAUUUCCUGUUAUUUUACAUUAGGUCUCCAUUGCCAAGAUUCUGAACAAAAGGCAGGCCUGGCCACUGCUCAGGAUUGUUAUUGUGGUUCAAACUUGAGUCUGAAAGAUUCUUUCUUUUUGCAUUUGCAUUCUGCAUUUCACUUGAUUUAUGCUCCAUUUCGCUUCUGGGAUGAUCCAGAUUCCUCAGAUACCUCACCCAGAUUCCCCAGCUCUUAGGACUCAAUGGAAGAGAGGAACAGUCUCCUUCAGGAGACCUGAGGUCACCAGUAAAGCUCUGAGACAGUGUGAUUAAAUAAGAGAAGCCUGGACAUUUCCCCCUUCUGGAAUCUGUGUCAGAUGUGUAGUGCUGUAACCCAGAGUGUGCCAGUGGGCCUGGGUUACAUCCCAGUGGGAAGCAGUCUAUUCAUAUGCCAGUGGCACAUCCAUCCCUUCUUCCUUGGGGCCCCAGAAUUCCUUUAGUACUCAUUCGAGGUAUCCCAGGAAUAAGAGGUGAGAAGGUGCCUCAAAGCCUUCUGUGCUGUUGCUGCUGCCAAGGCAGGACUGUUCUCUGCAAUGCCAGUGGUUUGUGCAAAAGGCAGUUAAAAGCCCAACACAGUAAGGACUUUGUUCCUCUGUGAACAGGCUGCCCUUGCACAGGCAGAAUGCUUUUUUCCUGGAUACUCAAAUUGCUUCUCUCUCAUUUUCAUCCCAACUAAUGAAGAUAAUUAUAUCCCUUUGUAGCACAUUAAUUCCUCUGUCAUCUGUAUGUUUACACCCUGCAGACAUGUUCAUUUCUUCUUUGUGUACAGGGCUGUCAAUCAGUGAAGAUUUACUUAACCAGCUCCUCUAAUCUUUUCUGGUGUUCAGCUCAUCCAGUCUCCCUCCAGUUCCCCAGUAGCUUUGAUAAUGAGGUGAUAAGAAUUACUUGUGGUUUUACCAGUUUGUUUUACAUCGGGCUCUCAGAAAGAAGCCCUGCCGCUUUCCUGCUCAACUGUAUGCUAUUUUCACAUGUGCAUCCUGUGGUUAUGUUUGUGGUUGUAUUUCCAACAGGGAAGUGAAAGCAUCUCACUGCAAAAAACCCUAUGAGCUGUCUCUGUAUUGGAGCCUCAUUAACGUUACCAUAUUUUUAUAGGUGGAUAUGGCUGAACAUCACUGCCUUCCAAACAAAAGUUUAAGUGAUACUAAGGUUCUCUGAAGGGAAAAUCUGGAAUCAGGGGUGAGGAACUCCAGAAGUCAACAAUUCCUCCCUUGAACAGCUUCUUCACAGUCUGAUGCAAAGGGAGGAGAAGGAGUAUUUCCAUCUUGGAGAGGAAAUACACAACAAAAAAAGUCAGAAAGACGUAAUGGGGACCAAGGAUGGACUUAGGUUUAUGAUAAUCUACACCAGCCCUUGGUAGACUUGGUAACUUGUCCAGUCUGUGUUGUAGAGCACAAACUGUAAAUCUGAGGCUCCCUCUGCACUCUAAGCACUCUAAGUUUGGAAAUGAAAUGCCACUCACUCCGUGGCAGUGAGUCCAAACCUCCAUCCCAGGCAGGCUGAACUCCCUAAUCUGACCCCAGCAGGAGCUCCCUGCAGAAGCCUAAACCAGUAACUGCAGUAUUAGAGGGUGGCAAAACCAGUGACCUCAUUAUUGAUAACCAUCUAAUCUGUGCUCACAGCAGUGCUUGCUCUCAAACGUGACUUUGAUUUCCUCCUGCACACUCCCCAGCACUCUUCUUAGCAGAAUUUAAGUAUUUCUGAUGAAUCUACAUUGUAUUGUUUGUAUCUGCAUGUGGUUGGCAGGCAUAGGUUAGGCUGUGUAAUAGCAGUCAUUUAAAAACAGUUUUGCCUCUCAAAAGCAAAGUUUAGGUUUUUAAGUGGUACCUAUUAUGUGUAUUAGUGUUUGCAAGGUUAGAGAGGAGAAGAAAUCUAAGUCAUUUAUGCCUAAGUAGCUAAAAUCCAGUCUUUUCAGUAUGAUGCAGUCAUUGCACACCUCUGUUCUCAUUCCAAGUGAAAGUUGCCUGUAUGUUCAGAGAGGACAGAGCCAUGUGUCAUCCCUUGGUUUCUCAGGGAAUUUCAACCAAUAUAUUUAAAACAUUCAGGUGUCUGAUGUUCUUAACAACUUAGAAGCAUUUGUUCGCUAUAGUAGGGCUAAUUUUUAAUUUAUUUUUCUAAGCACAUCUAUCCAAAAUGAUGCUAGGCUUUUAUAUUCACAGCGGGGAGCAUUGUGAGGUUUAAAUAUCCCUUUAAUCACUAAGGAUGUAAUAAAAACAAGGAGAGUUCUUUGAGCUGCAGAGUGUCACCCAGGGAAAAAUCUACUCUGGAGCUUACAAAUGUGAGCUGAAGAGACAAACUGGGCAAUAAAAUCCACAACUACGGACCAAACCGGCUAAAAGCUGGUCUGUAGCUGCCCAUCAGGAGCUGAGACUUGGAGGGGGGAAAAGGCCAUUCAGCACCUCUAGAGCCAUAAGAGCCAGGUCAUAAACGUUUCACAAUCUGCUGGGGAGGGGGAGGGAGCCGUGGGGCCGUGAUCUGCCUGGGGUCUGUACCCGUGACUGCAACAAAGAAUGAGUAUAGAAAUUUGACUGUAUGGGAAGAAUAGACGGGAAAAAUCUGGCCAAAUCAGGGAUUGCAGGGAGAAGUGGCAGCUGUCAGUUCAUGUAUUUGUAUGACAGGCUCAUCCCACUGUUGAUGUGAGGAAUCCAUGAGAUCUGGCAGGUGCUGUUUUCUAUUAUCAGUGAUGUUGAAGGAUUCUUACCUGACUGUUGUUACUAUGGACCCCAGUAUCUCUUUGCUGCGAGGUGAUGAACAAGUUGGAUUCUGAUUAUGGUUGUCUUUUCCGCUUUCUACAAUUAAAAUACUAGCAUCAGAAAAGCAGGACAUGGAGAGGGAGCUGAUUUGAGCUGAUUUGAGCUGUCUUUCCUUCUGUGGCAGAGUAGAAAGGCAUUUCUGCAUCCUAUUUGGUUUGUAUCUGGUACAACUGUCUGUGCAAGUACAAGCAGAGGUUUGACCUUGAUACCAUUUCCAGCUGACCUUUUCCCUUCCGAUUUACUUUUCCACGUAGGUAAUAAAUAAUCUCCUUUGAGGUACAAGUUGGUGUUUCUCCACCUCAUGAAUACCUCUACUCAGUGGUAGCAAGACUCCACAACUCUGGAUGUCUUCAAAUUAGCUGAAGGAGAAGAGCCUGUGGUCUUCUGUAUUAUCCAGUGGCUUAGAAGGGCUGUCAGGAAGGUUGGAUGUGGUCCUUCAGAGGUGCCAGGAGCCAGUGGACCGUCUCCUGCUAUAAAAUCCUCCUCAGAACUUCUCAAACUCUCCAAUCCUUUUCUUUUAAACGUUCUUCUUUGCCACGCUAAGCAUUAGCUUUUCUCUCCCUGACUAAUGCUGGGAUGCCUAAAAUUCAAUAUACCACUGAAAGAGAGCCAGUCCCUCCUCUGACUAAGCUUUUGUCCUCUUUGCAUGUCUUCACGUUGCCUGCUCCAAAAGGCAGUAAGAACAGAACUCAAGGAAUGUUGUUUGGGUGUAGGAACUCACUAAACAAAUUCAGAAUAUGUUUUGCAUGUCAGACUGAAGAUCGGAUGUCACAGUAACAUCACUGACAAAACAGAAAAAUGUUUAUUUUGCUUGGAGUAAAUCUAGACAGUGAAUCAAAUGCAGCCUUAUACAUAGCAAGAUCUUUGAAAUGAACAGAGCUCCCAGAUUUGCUGUGCAGGCCCCAGCACUGGCCCAUCGAGACUGAGAUCCUGCGUUUGACCUCCACUUUCUGACCAUGUUGGUCCUGUCAAUGUUAGUACAGCCAUUUCUGUGAAUGCACAGAACCCCCUUCUUCACCGAGGUGCAGUGGCUGCGCUGUGCCCUGAAGCCUGAGCCUUGAUUGCAGUCUCUUAGCACUUGUAAGCACUCAUAAGCACAAAAGCUAAUGGUCACACUUGCAGAAUAAACUAAUUAAGGGAAAAUGCUCAAGCCCUUGUUUCUGCUCAGCCUUCCCUGGGUAAGAGCAGUACCUUGAGCAAGGCCUAAACCCAGUGCCUGAGCUACCCCCAAAAAAGCUAAGGGUGCAGUUCAGGGCUGGGAAUGCAGAUAUUGGGCAGGUAAGUAACGUUGUUAUCAUCGAGUGUGUUUACAUCCUUGGAGAAGGAUCUGUGGGUGAAGGGAUGUGUUGAGAGCACACUCCGGUGCAGACUGUUAAUCACCCACUUGGGAAGGGACAGGCUCGAUGCAGCCCUAUUCUGAUACAACAAAUAAAGAGUAAAAUGAGUCUGUGCGCUGAUGAUGGGAAUUACCACAAAUCCAUGGAAUAGCCAAAAGGAAACUUUGCCUGCUUGCUGUUUAAAGGGAUUUGUUUUGAUUUUGUAGCUAAGUCCUCAACUGAUGUUUUGGGUCUUGUCUCUGUUUGUUUAAAAGUGCGUUAGCAGUAAAUCAAGGUGCAUUUCCCCCGUCGGGUUUCCUGUAUGUCAAAGCCAUGUUAAUUCUCUUUGAUUUUCUUCCCUUAGCCCAAGCCAUUGCUGCAGAUCCUUCCUCUCUUUGUCCCUUUGGACAUCAAAGGAUCGCAAGGGGACAGCCCUGGCGGGAAGCUCCUCCCUGCUCAUUAGCCUCCAUAAAACAGGAACUCACCUUGGCUAGCUGUGCUUGGAGUCCCAUCCUCAUCCCGCUCACUCUUGACACUGGAUCUCAGAAGGAAGGGCUUGUGCUCGCUUCAGGAAAUCAGACCUGCUUUUGAACUGGACUAUUUUGGUUCCCCUUGCAAGAACUCAGGUGGCUCUCUUGGCCCUGCAAGCUCCUAGACGUCACAGUACAUGGAAAAAUGCAAGCUUUACCAGACGUGAAAGCGCCCUGUGAGGCCCUUCCUUCCCCCAGCCUGGAGCCCUACGCACAGAGCUCCAUCAUGGUCACCCUCGAGGACAUGGAUCUCUGGAUGAAGUUUCAUCAGAUUGGAACCGAGAUGAUCAUCACCAAAUCCGGCAGACGAAUGUUUCCACAAUGCAAAAUCAAAGUCUCUGGCUUAAUCCCAUAUGCCAAGUACCUCAUGCUGGUAGAUUUUGUGCCAAUGGACAACUUCAGGUACAAGUGGAAUAAAGAUCAGUGGGAGGUUGCUGGGAAAGCAGAGCCCCAGCUCCCUUGUCGCACCUACGUUCACCCAGAUUCCCCAGCUCCUGGCAGCCACUGGAUGAAAGAACCUGUCUCCUUCCAAAAACUGAAGCUCACCAACAACACUCUGGAUCAACAUGGACAUAUCAUCCUGCACUCCAUGCACCGUUACAAGCCGCGCUUCCACAUUGUGCAGGCAGACGACCUCUUCAGUGUCCGCUGGAGCAUCUUCCAGGUCUUCAGCUUCCCUGAGACUGUCUUCACUUCUGUCACUGCCUACCAGAACGAGCAGAUUACGAAGCUCAAGAUUGACAACAAUCCAUUUGCUAAAGGUUUCCGUGAACAUGGGAAGAACACUCGAAGGGAAGGACGAGCCAAAUGCCAGAAGCCCAGUCCAGCCAAGAGCCAGAAGAGGAAGCUGCCUGAGGAAAAGGAGCCUGGUGCUGAGGAACGUGAUUUUGAGAAGGAUGAGAAUGUAGAUGUGAAGGAAGAGAGUAACCCCGUGGUGGUCAGCAGUGGAUAUCCCUUCUGGGGCUCGGAGCAGAGUGGCAGCCAGGCCUUCCCUGCGGCGUCGCCGGUGCCUGCGGAGCAGAGGGAGGGUCUGGCCAGGGAGCAGCAAGUGCCAACGCCGUCCUACCAGGCAUAUCGGUUCCACGAAGCUGGGGACAGCCAGCACCUUCCCACCCGCGAUGCCACGGCCUUGAACGAUUUCCGGGCAAGGUGCCACGCCUUGGAUCUCGCCACUGUGCCCGAGCACGACUCCAAACAGCUCCCAGAGGGCUUCACCAACCUGCCUCCGCUCCCCCCGCCUCUGCCUCCUCCCCAGGACUACACGGGGGUGGUGAACAUGGCUCUAGACUCUGUUGGGAAGCCCGGGGCCCGAGCGCCCAUGUACAGUCCCUAUGGCACCGAGCAGGGCCUGGGGCAGUGGGUGGUGCCUCCCCACAGCCAGUACAGGGCAAUGAGCUACUCGGCCUUCUCCACGGAGUACAACGCACAGGGCGCGCCGGGACAUGCCCACGGGACCAUGGCGGAGUGGAGCCAGUACCCUCUGUUCCCCUAUGCCUGCUGGUGAGCGGGGAGGACCCUUCCCAGUGAAAAAACUGGGAGAAAACUGUAAAUGAAAUCAGAUUGGCUCCGGGGUGUUGGACUUUUUGGAGCCUCGCCUACACUAGGCAGAGGAUAUUGCUGCAAGUGGCAGAAUGGGACACCUUCACUUCCUUGUCUCCUUGCACAACAACCCUCACCGUGUUUCACAAACAGUGGCUAAACUGGUGGCUGCCCCAGCUGUGUCACUGUGGAUCAGGCAGAAUAAAUGCCUUGCAGUAUCUUUUUUCCCAGCAGAAGUAGGAAACCACAGGAUCUCCAAGGGCAGUAGUUAAAGAGCUGCCGAACUUGCAAGUCACAGGCUGUUUGCACCUCGCAUUUGGCAGCUUCCAAAAUCCCUUCCUCCCGGGACUUGAUGCAAGGAGAUAGGGGCUAAGGAGUUUCAGUAAGCCAUCCAGGUGGCACAGAAGCUGUAGACAAUAUUGCAAAGACAAGCGAAACAAGCAAUCCCACUGACCUUUGAGCAGGUUCCUCAGUUAGUAUAGUCAAACUAAAGCUAGAGUCUUGCCUUUCUUCCAGCAGCAGAGGAGAGCAAAAUGCACAGCAAGGCAUAUCUGGAGCACAGCAGUGGGUCAUGCAGGCAGGAAAGAGUUUGUUCUGUGCAGGAGAAGCAGCAGGAAGGCUGUGUGUUGUGUCUGCAUGUCCCCGUGCCCAUCCCUCCUCUGUCAGCCCUAGAUUCGAGGUCAGUGAAAUGCUCUUCUUUCUGCAGAGGUGGAGGGAGGUUGUUCCUGAAACGCGGGGAGCUGCUCUGGGGAUUUUCAAGGUUGUCAGAGGUAGGGCCAUGAACAGCAGUGCUGUUGAUUAACUUCAGCAUCUUUCUUUAGAGUGAAAGGAAAUCUGCUGUGAACUUCUUCCUUCUCCCACACCCUGCCACCCCUGGAGAAUAUAAUUUAUAGUUGUGGUUCCUGUGCUACACUCUGAGUGUGUGAAGUUAUCCCACCACUAUUUGGGAGUCUAUAGGUAUCUGUCUCCGUGUUUAGUUAUCAAAGUGGUUCCACCUUCAUCCUCUCUGGUCCCAGCCUGCAUGUGCCAUGCAAGGAGGGUUUCCUUUCACCUUCCUGUUAGAAGGGGGAAGCCUCCCUGUUUGCCUAAGCGGCAAAUGGCCCUGGCAAUGGGGUCUUGAGUGAGACAGGCUCUUUGCUUCUCAGCAAAGGUAGACAUGUUUCUAGGUGUUAUUUAGGGAAUGUUUUCUUGUCACACUAAGAGCUGCUCUGUGGCCUAUAGCCAUAUAUAAGCAGAGAGGUGUGUCAUUUAGCCUGUGUGCCGGAUGGUUUUCUCUGUGUGUGUAGCAAGAUGUUGUCUAUGAGCAGACCUGGGCAGGUUUGUGCCCAGUGCAUCAGGACUGGUGUGCAGGUACACUGGGAAAGGCUGUGUGCUGAUCUGUUGGGGUACCAGGUCAGCACUGUGCAUCUGCAUAGCAUAGAGAUGUUGAGCCAUGUUUGUUAUUGUUAAAAUUACUUUGAAAAGUAACCCUGUAAAUUUGUGGACUCAACUACAAUGACUUCUUCUUUAUUUAAAUUGUAUAUUUCUAACUGUGUUUGUACUGCAAACUGUGUUAUGAUACAUGCAGAGCAGCCAAGUACUUCCCCUGGGCUUCCCAGGCUUUGAGGAUGUGCAGCGCUGAAAUAAAGGUCAGACUUCACCACAGUACAUGAACAUAAUGCCCUGUGAGCCUCUCCUCUGAUGGCAUCCUGGCCAGCAGUGAUUUGUACCUGCUGUGCGUGACAUGCAAGUGGACGUGAGCAACUCACUAAAAAGAAAUCGGGUUGGAGAAGGAACUGUGGAGGAGGUUGUUUUCAGCCCAGAAUACUGUGAUUUCCCGCUGUCCAAAUGCCAGCUGCGUGAAGGCAGGUCAGCUGUGAAAGGCUGACCUCUGUGGAGGAGAGAAAUAGUCUGUCUCUGACCAUUAGUAGCUGAUUUUGCCAGCACUGUUUUUCACAUUUUGGAAGUGUGAUGAGCAGAAUGGCUGGGGAGUUGAGUGGGUGCCUUGAACCUCAUGUGCAGGGAUCCUGGGGUACUUUGUGCAUGACAGUCCUCCUGGCACCCACUGGGAUCGCUGCCAGGGCCAUGCCAAGAAAAGAGAAAGAAUACAUAUCCCCAUGGGCUGCUGGUUAGAUCUGUUCCUUUAUCUUUGUAGCUGGGAUGUGUUUCCCUGUCACGGGCUGUGAACGAGGAUGAAAAACAUGCCGUGGUGAGUGUGAGUAGCUGAGGAGAACUGGGCAGCACUGGGAAACUCCUGUGCAAAUACAAGUGAAAUGUUCUUCCUUUCAAACCUUCAGAGCAGCACUGCAGGUGCUGCUGCCCCAUGGGCCUGUCGGUAGAGCUGGUGUUUGGCAGACAGCUCUGCACUGGGGUAGAAGACUCAGCCUUGUGCCUAGGACGAGCCAUUAAUUACUCAUCAGCCUUCUGUUGCAGCAGGACCACUUGCCCUUCUUCAGUGAAUCAUCCAGUUUAUUAGAAAAGUACCUUUACUUUCUCGCUCUCCUGUCUCUGGCGAGAGACUGCGGCUCUGGCUGGUUUGUGAAGCCUUUGGAGAUUUUGCCUGUAGGUGUGUGCUCUGGACUCUGCUCCCACCUCCUCCCUCUGCAGUUCCCACUGUCUUGUUUUCUUCAGCUGUGGCAUUUAAAAGUCUGUAUGAGCUCCACUGAAACGCUGUUUUUGCACGCAUGUGACAUAAUGUAAUGCCUCUGACAGCUUCAAUAAAGGGAAAUGAGACAUGUGGAAGGCAGGCCAUUACGAGUAAUAAAAUAAACUCAGAAGUGCGGGUUUAUGCAUCUCUCUCAAGCACACCAGUGGCUCUGCUUUAGUCAUGUUACCUGGGGCCAGUUUAUACAUGCAUGACACAUACUGUUGAUCUCAGGGUUCAUUGUUCUCUGCAGCGUGUUCAGUGAGCCUCAGGUUAUCUGCUCACACUGCUAGAUGUGACUCAGGCUCUUGCACCAAUUCUUUGCAGCAAAUUGUUUAUUUUCUCUGUAUUUUCUGCUCCUCUCCCACAGAGGAAUUACAUAAGGACGAGGGCAAAUGGACUAUA